UGCUUUCACUCUUAUCUCUCUCUAAAGCCCUCUUCUUCUUUCGUUAUUUUUCUCAUGAUUGUGCAGAUCAACCCGUAAAUUUCCCUUUUUUUCACAGUUUUUUCCCUUUUUGUUGUUUUUUUUUUCAUGAAUAGAAGAAGAUUUACGUGUGGAUUUUUGAACUUUUGAAAAAAAGUAAAGAAGAAUAAGAAGAGGAUGAUGACGUCGACUUCGGCGGGAGCUACGUCUUCGAAGAUUUGCUUCAAUUCAAGCUGUAAGGAGUUGAAAUCGGAGAGACCGGGGAAAGGAUGGCGGUUGCGAAGCGGAGAGUUAGCGGAGCUCUGUGAUAGAUGCGCUGCUGUUUUUGAGGAGGGGAGAUUUUGUGAUACUUUUCACUUGAAUGAUGCUGGUUGGAGGACCUGCGAGGCAUGUGGGAAGCGUGUUCAUUGCGGUUGCAUUGUUUCGGCACAUACAUUUACUUUGUUCGAUGCAGGAGGAAUAGAAUGCGUAGCAUGCUCGAGGAAAAAUGCUGUUUUGGGAUCAAAUUCUUCAUGGCCACCCUCUUUGCUUUUCCAUUCAUCUUUGUCUGAGAGGUUUAAAGAAUAUCCUGCUAAAGGUUGGAGUCAACUACCUGGUUCGGGUUCAGUACCUUGGCGGCAAGCGCCCAGUUUAUUAAAUUCCUCAACACAUUCUAGAGCUCCCUAUGAAGUUGACUUAACCACUGGUAUUGACAGAUUAAAUGUCUCAGACAGAUUAUCCACUCCUUCCCUGGAAAUGAAGAAAAUUGAGGAAUUUCCUGAAAGGUUAAUGAAUGGACCUUUGAAACCUUUUGCACGUGAUAUACAUGAGAAUGGAAAUACAGGGGUCAAUUGUGAGGAGCAGUGUGGUUCUUGUUUAGCUAAACCUCAGCCGUCUUCUCUGAAGGAGGAGUCAUCUAUUCCACCAUUCGGGUUAACUGUCCCAUAUACAUCUACAGAUGAAUCAAAUGGUCAGUUUGGGGUUUCUGGCACUCAUUUGCGGCCAAACCCCCAACCUCCACUGGCCAAGCAAUUUAAUAGUAAUCUACAUAAUGGGCUUGACUCUUCAGCUGAAACUCAGAUUCGUAAUGGGAGGCCUCGACCAGAUGGCCGUGGAAGGAAUCAACCAUUUCCUCGUUAUUGGCCUAGGUUUACUGACCAAGACCUGCAGCAAAUCUCCACUGAUUCAAAUUCUAUAAUCACUCCUUUGUUUGAGAAAAUGUUGAGUGCCAGUGAUGCUGGGCGGAUUGGACGUCUAGUGCUGCCAAAAAAAUGUGCUGAGGCCUAUUUCCCUCCAAUAUCUCAGCCAGAAGGAUUACCACUUAAAGUGCAGGAUUCAAAAGGAAAGGAAUGGAUUUUUCAGUUCCGCUUCUGGCCCAACAACAAUAGCCGGAUGUAUGUUUUAGAGGGGGUAACUCCUUGCAUACAAAAACAUGCAAUUGCAAGCGGGCGACUAACAUUUAGUCGAUUAGAACCUGGAGGGAAGUUGGUCAUGGGUUUCAGAAAGGCUUCAACUACUUCAGCAACUGAGCAGGACACUGAAGCCAAAAACAGUAGUGGAGUUUCUAUCCAUGGAGAUGCCGAACUCGUAGAUCCUACCUCAUGGUCAAAAGUUGAUAAGUCAGGAUACAUAGCAAAGGAAGCAUUAGGAACCAAACUAGCAAAUCACAGAAAGAGGAAGAAUACUGUGCUGGGUUCGAAGAGUAAGCGCCUAAGAAUUGAUAAUGAAGACAUGAUAGAGCUGAAAGUAACAUGUGAAGAAGCUCAAGGGCUGCUUCGUCCCCCUCCUAAUCAUGUAGCCAAUGUUAUAUUAAUUGAAGGUUUCGAGUUUGAAGAAUAUGAGGAUGCGCCGGUUCUGGGGAAGCCUACAAUAUUUGCAACUGAAAAGUCCGGGGAAAAGAUACAGUGGGCUCAGUGCGAAGAUUGUUUUAAGUGGCGUAGAUUGCCUUUCGAUGUUCUUCUUCCUUCCAAGUUUACCUGUUCCAGUAACUCAUGGGAUCCAGAAAGCAGAUGUUUUUGUUUGGCUGCUCAAGAACUGAAAGCAGAAGAGCUGGAAAAUCUGGUACCAAACUGUAAUCGAGCUGCUUCUAAGAAAAUGAAAUCUGCUAAACGGGAACUGGAAAACGUAGAUGCUUUAGAGGGGCUUGACACUCUUGCCAACCUAGCUAUCUUGGGAGAAGACGGGGUUCUCCCCACUUCUUCUCAGGCUACGACGAAGCACCCCCGGCAUAGACCCGGCUGCUCAUGUAUCGUGUGCAUUCAACCCCCUAGUGGGAAGGGCCCCAAACACAAGCAGACAUGUACAUGUAACGUCUGCCAGACAGUGAAGAGACGCUUCCGCACCCUCAUGCUGCGGCGUGAGAAGAAACAGUUCCAAAAAGCAGCAGCAGAAACUACGUGCAAGAAGCAGCAACCUUCAUUGCCGGAUAAAGUAUUGGACGAUAACCCCCUCCUUUGCACUAGUGCGGGAAAUAGCAGCAGUCCAAACCAGAAAAAGGUUGUCAGUGAGGGUGUAGGCGAUGAUUCCGACAGAGUAAAAUCCACGGUUUCACCUUUUAAAGGCCAAAUCGACUUGAAUAUCCAGCCGGAGCGAGAAGAAGAGCUGUCUCCAGGUUCGGAUUCCGGCAACAUGAUGAGAUUGCUUCCAGAUGCAACCGACAAAUACCUUAGGCAGCAAAGUAUUUUAACCUCCACUGGCCACAGUGACAUAUAAGUCACUCGGGCGCAACCUGGUGGCAGCACCGAA